AUGCCGUCUACAACUGCACCACCGCUGGAACCCUAUGUUCCUCCGCCGCAAACCAAGGAGAACUUGGACUGGGCGUCCCUCGAAGCUCUCGAUCUCUCGCUCCUCUCCCAACCAGGCGGCAAACAAGCCCUAGCCGAACAAGUCCUCAGCUUUAUCAACAAAAAUGGCUUCUUCUAUGUAACAAACCAUGGCCUAACCGCCACGCAAAUAAACCGCCAAUACGCCAUCGCAAAAGCCCUCUUCGCCCUCCCGCUCGACGAAAAACUAAAAUACAUCUGCGACACGGCCUCGGGCGAUUUCCGCGGCUACAAGCCCCAGUCAACCGGGAAACUAAGCGGACGCGACAAUGACGAGCGAUACAACAUCCCAAAGUUCACGCCGGAGCAUGAGCGGGCGCAUCCACAAAUCAUCCGCGAUCACUACGAGGAGAUACGCGAGUUUUCGCUGCACAUCCACGAUAAGAUCCUCCUCCCGUUACUACGGCUAUUCGCGUACGUGCUGGAGAUUGACGACGAGGAGGCACUUGCCAAUCUACAUCGGUACGACGAGCCAGGCCUCGAGUACCUCCGGUACAUGAUCUACCACCCGCGUCCUGCGGCGGACGAUGCGGCGGUCGGGAAUAUCUGGGCCAAGGGGCAUACGGAUUACAACACGUUGACGUUUCUCUUCUACCAGCCUGUCGCAGGGCUCCAGGUUCUUUCCCCGGACGGGGUGUGGCGAUAUGUGCGGUCCGAGCCCGAUGCGAUCAUCGUGAAUAUCGUCGAUGCGCUCGAGUAUCUUUCCGGUGGGUUCCUCAAGUCCACGGUGCAUAGAGUUGUCCGCCCGCCGGGGGAUCAAGUAAGUGAAUCGAGGUUGGGGUUGAUAUACUUUGCGAGGCCCGAGGCCAGGGUUGCCAUGAGGCCGUUGGAGAGUCCGGUGGUGGAGCGGGUGGGGAGUCGGUUGGACGGCAAGUAUGUGCGGGCGCUGGAGGGGGUUACGGCUGAGGAAUGGGCGAGGGCACGGAUUGCAAAGGACCAUCGGUUCCGGACGGGGGUUGUCGACCAGCCUGAGAGGGAUAUUAUUGCGGGGGUGCCGCAGCAGUAUUAUGACUGA